AUGUCCCGACAAUUUAAGAAAUAUUUAUUUGAAUCUCCAUCAGUUGAAAACGGCGAAGAGCCUGAACUCCAGCGCGAAGAUUUUGAAUUUGAAAGAAAACUUGGUGAUGGUGCUUUUGGGCAAGUUUGAAGAGUUCGGCAUAAAUUAACAAAUAAAUUGUAUGCUCUAAAGCAAGUCCCAAAAGAAAAAGUAAUACGAAUGAUACCUCAAUUCUGCAGAGAAGUCUACAUUAUGUAUGAACUUGACCACCCUCAUAUCAUUAAACUUUACAAUCAUUUUGAAGAUGAAAAAUAUUUUUGUUUGAUUAUGGAACUUGCUGAAGGUGGAACUUUAUUUAGCAAACUAUAUAGAGAAAGAAGCUUUGUAGAGCGUGUUGCUGCACAAUAUUUUAGAGAAAUUGUGCUUGCGGUAGAGUAUUUACAUUCGCAUAUACCAGCAAUUAUACAUAGAGAUAUAAAACCGGAAAAUAUUUUGAUUGAUAAGGAUGGAAGAUUGAAACUUACAGAUUUUGGAUGGUCAAACUAUUAUACUGAUGAUACCCAGACUCCUAGACACACUAUGUGUGGAACUUUGGAGUAUUUGCCGCCUGAAAUGAUAGAAGAAAAAAUGCAUGAUACUUCAGCUGAUAUAUGAUGCUUAGGAAUUCUAUUAUUUGAAUUAUUAGCAGGCAUAAUUAAAUAUGGAGUCUCAGCGCUUCGCGGUCUGCUAUGCCAAAUUCCUGCGAGCACAUAUUUAAUUAUGUCGGCAAGGUUUUGCUAACCUAGAAAUGGGCAGCAAUCUAGAUCGGCAAUUCCGGUAAUAUGCCCUAGUCCACUUUCAGGAUAUGAUUUUACCUCAAUGGAGAAGUUGGUUCAGAGUUGGAAAGGGCAAGCCUAGCAAAGUAUGCAGGUAAUGCCUAGACCAUUCGGGCAAAUAACUAACGUGAAACUGGGAGUUAAACCCCCAUACUUUGAAAUUUUUCCUUUCUGCCGAUAGUCCACUAGAAAUUCCAUUUUGUGGGAUUUUUGUGCUGUCAACCUAAGCAGCAAGCCGCAGAAUUUCAUAGACUUCCCACUCAACACUGGAGCAGAAAGGCAAGGAGGAGACGAGAGACACUGAACCCUAUUUCGCAAGAGUCAUGACGUGAGGCGGUAAGAAGAAAAAAGGUGGUGCUCGAGCCUAAGCUCACCCGAUGAGCCAUCUAAAUCAAAGAAAUUUUUCCCGCCGACUUUGCAAAGAGGGUAAAUUUCCUGCAGGGUUUCUUAGUGACUGCGUUAAUAUAUGCAGCAGCCAAACCUGUAAUAAGUUUAAACUUAAGAAUUAUUAACAGGUGAUACACCAUUUAAAGGAGUGGGAAAGCAAGAUAUGCUUACCAAGAUUACAGUUGCCAAAACAAAAUUUCCAGCUUCUAUGUCCCCUUUGGCAAAAGACCUAAUUUCCCGUAUGCUUGAAAAAGAAUCAGUUAAACGAAUUUCUGCUCACGAAAUAAAAGAGCACCGAUGACUUUUAGACCAUCCUCCUAUAAGAGAAACUAUCUCUCAAGACCCAGAACUAAAAAUCUUACGUAUAGAUGAUAAACCAAAGGUAGAAAAAGGCUAUCUCAUCAUCAGUACAAAUCAAGUCAAAAGAUUUGCCAACAAACAAAUAAAAAUCCAAAUACAAACCCCUCCAAAACCUCAAAAUAGAUCUGGUUCUCAAUUGGAAGCAUUUAAAAAAAGCAUCGACAAGCUUAAAUUGCAGACUGAGAAAAAGAUGAGAGAUAUGAAUAAUACAAAAUCUUUAAUCGAAGAAAAGGAAAGGCAUCAUCAGAAACUGAGCCAUAACUUGCAUGAUAUUGAGGUUAGAAUCGAAGAAAAAAAAGCUGAAUAUAAAAGACUGGCAGAUAAUGAAAAUAAUUUAGUUGGGAAAAUCAAUGACCUGGAUUUAGAGCUUGAUAGGAUUAGUAACACUAUUGAUAUGACUUCUCUUACAGAAAAAGCUAGAAUUCAGCUAGAAGAAUAUAAUGCCAAAGAUCAGCUAUGCAAGCUUCAUAAAGCGCAGCUUGACAAGCUAAGACAAGACGUCAAAACUAAGACUUUAGAUAUGGCUGAAAAAGAAAGAAAUCUAAAAAUCUGACAAGAAAAGAACUCAAAAAAGAAAGAAAAAAUAUCAACACAUAUCAGAAAUGAAUCUAUUGAGAUUUUAAGGCUGGAAAAAGAGACGGCAACACUUAAAAAUAGCAUAGUAAAAGAUCAAGAAAAAUUCAUAUCGAAAAAUGAUCAAGCUGUUUCCCAAGAAAUGGUGGAAUUUAUUAAAAAAAGAUUAAAUGAAUUAGCAGGAAUUAGCAAUUUACAGGAUAGAAUAGCAUUGUGCGAAAAGAAAAUUUCAGAAAAAGAAAAACUGAUUAUUGAGUCUAAAAUUGAGUUCGUGGAAAGGCGAGCUGAGCUUUUCAAAGAGAUGGAAGAAAAAAGAGCAAAGAGAAAAGAAAAUCAAAAAAUUCAGACGAAAGAAAAUUUUUCUCCUGUAAAAACUUUAAAAUUGAAGCUGGAGGAAUCAGAAAAUAGAGGGAAAGGAUAUGAAAUAAACCAAAAUUUGAUCCAAACUAGUAAGAAAAAGAUUUCUGUAACUUAUAAUUAGGAACUCAAAUCAAAAAUAGACAGCUUGAACCAUAAAAUUAAUAAUGUCCGGAAGAAGAGGUAUAGACUUAAUCUUGCUAAGAAAGAAAGGCAGCUGGAGAUUGAGGGUAUUGAAAUGGAGAUAGGCUUGGCUAAAGCCAAAAUUUUUGAAUGUAAGAGCUAUUUAGCUUAUUAA